AUGGAUAGAGAGGAGUUGGGAAUUAACAACAUAAGACCGGAGACGGUUCUUGUCGAUUUGACGAAGGAUGAUGAGGGGAGAACGGAGGAUGAGACAGUUCUCAUAGAUUUGACGAAGGAGGAGGAGGAGGAGGAGGAGGAAGAUGAAGAUGAUGAUGAUGAUGAUGAUGAUGAUGAUGAUGAUGAUGACGAUGAUGAUGACGAUGACGAAGAUGAAGAGAAGGAGGAAGUUGAGUAUGAUCCUCUUGUAUUGGAGAACAUGAAACGUGACGCGACCUGUGCUAUCUGCCGUAAGAUAUUUCACUAUGCCACAGGAAUAACCGUGUGCGAGCACAUAUUUUGUUUGAACUGCAUCCACGGCAAGAUAACAGAACAUGAGUGGACAUGUUGUCCAGUAUGCUAUGCUAAGCUUGGUCCAGAACCUCUCAAAAACCUUAGAUUGGAUCGGGAAUACGAAAACUUGGCACAGUUUGUAUUGUCUAAAGAGCAAGAAGAUGCGGAGAAGGAACCCAAAAGGGCAAAAACUUCUCAUGCUUCGUCCUCAUCUUCAUCUAUAAGAAAGAUGUGA